AUGUCCCUCUUCGCGGCCUCGGCGGCGGUCGCCAGCAGCGCCGCCGCCUACGGGUACGACACGAUCCGGCCGGUUGCCAGGCUUCGCUUCUGCGGCCUCAGGCGCGAGGCCCUCCGGCUCCACUCGCCCCGGUCCACGCUGCAGUUGGUGGCCGCUAGGCGGAGCGUGGUGGCUGCGGCGACGGCUGGCAAUGGCGCGGCCGCGAGCGGCGGGUUCGACUACGACAUCGUGAUCAUCGGAGCCGGCGUCGGCGGCCACGGCGCCGCCCUCCACGCAGUCGAGAAGGGUUUAAAAACUGCCAUAAUUGAGGGAGACAUCGUGGGUGGAACUUGUGUGAAUAGAGGCUGUGUUCCGUCAAAGGCUCUCCUUGCUGUAAGUGGUAGGAUGCGAGAACUUCAAGAUGAACAUCACAUGAAAUCACUGGGCCUACAGGUCUCAUCACCAGGAUAUGACAGGCAGGCUGUUGCUGAUCAUGCAAAUAAUCUUGCGUCUAAAAUCCGCAGCAACUUGACUAAUUCAAUGAAAGCUCUGGGUGUGGAUAUACUCACUGGUAUUGGCACCAUUGUGGGGAAGCAAAAAGUGAGAUAUGGGAAAGUUGGUUUCGCAGAAAAUGAAAUCACUGCUAGAAACAUCAUAAUUGCCACUGGAUCUGUUCCUUUCGUCCCCAAGGGCAUUGAAAUAGAUGGUAAAACUGUAUUUACUAGUGAUCAUGCACUAAAACUUGAGUCAGUCCCUGAAUGGAUAGCUAUUGUUGGAAGUGGUUACAUUGGACUUGAAUUCAGCGAUGUAUACACGGCUCUGGGAAGUGAGGUUACUUUUGUUGAAGCUCUUGAUCAAUUAAUGCCUGGGUUUGAUCCCGAGAUUGCAAAAUUGGCGCAGAGGAUUCUUAUUAAUCCUCGUAAAAUUGACUAUCACACUGGUGUUUUCGCAAGCAAGAUUACCCCAGCAAAGGAUGGUAAGCCUGUUUUGAUUGAGCUGAUUGAUGCUAAGACAAAAGAACACAAGGAGACACUUGAGGUGGAUGCAGCACUCAUAGCUACUGGAAGGGCACCCUUCACUAAAGGACUUGGCUUGGAAAAUAUCAAUGUCGUUACACAACGAGGUUUUGUUCCUGUUGAUGAGCGGAUGCAAGUUAUGGAUGCAACUGGCAAUGUGGUUCCUAAUUUAUAUUGCAUUGGAGAUGCCAAUGGUAAGCUCAUGCUUGCUCAUGCAGCCAGCGCACAAGGAAUCUCAGUCGUGGAGCAAAUCAGUGGGAGGGACAAUAUCUUAAAUCACCUAAGCAUCCCAGCUGCCUGUUUCACUCACCCUGAGAUCAGUAUGGUUGGCUUGACAGAGCCACAGGCUAGGGAGAAGGCUGACAAGGAAGGAUUUGAAAUAAGUGUUGUAAAGACCAGUUUUAAGGCUAACACAAAGGCUCUGGCAGAGAAUGAAGGAGAUGGACUUGCUAAGAUGAUUUAUCGUCCUGACACCGGAGAAAUUCUUGGAGUUCAUAUUUUGGGCUUGCAUGCUGCUGAUCUCAUCCAUGAGGCAUCAAAUGCCAUUGCCCUUGGAACCCAUGUGCAAGACAUCAAGUUUGCUGUUCAUGCACACCCAACGUUGUCUGAAGUUUUGGAUGAGCUCUUCAAGGCUGCCAAGGUUAACACAGGUGUUUCACAUUCUAUAAAUGAGCCAGUUGCGGUGUAG